UUAAGGAAAAUACAUUGUGCUACUAUAAAAAGACUUGUGUAUUGUUAUCUGGAUUCUUACUUUAUACUGUUUUAAAAGGCAGACCACCAAAAUUGAUAUCUAUCUUAGUACAAAUUAUUGGAGUUUGAUCAAAAUGGAGACUGACAAAGACAUUUGCAGAAGACUUUACCAUUGUUUGUGUGAGACAAUAGGAUCAGAGGAAGUCGUAAAAGUAAGAAGACAAUUCUACGCGUCCGUAGAUCACUUCGCAGAAAGGAAAGAAAUUACACUUAUCAGUAGUGGUAGCAGGGCAGAAGGCUUAGACAUGCAGAGUGAUUUAGACUUGAUGUGUUUAUUGAACUUUGUGAAUGUGAGUGAAGAAAGAACGGAAGAUUCGUUUCUUAUUCCGAAUAACUUUGUGAUGGAAAUAGACGACUGUAAACCUUGCUUUACCCAUCUAAAAGGGAACAGUUGUCAUUAUAAUUUUAUGACUCAUUGGUUUUCUACUCCAUUUGGACAAGGAUUGUCGCUUGAAAGUGAACGUGUUAGAUAUUUGUUUCUUUCGAUUAUUAGACUUUUCACGCCAGUGAACUUACAUGGUCCUUGUGCAUCAAACAAUGAUUUUGACGGAGAUGGUAUGACUGAUAUAACUAUAUCUCUGCGCUGUCCAGUUUGGAUUAAACAAGCACAGCCAUGGAUAAAAAGGGAACGAUACUGGCCCCCGAAGCAAGUUGUGUCAUGCAUUUGCAGUUAUGGUAUUUUAUUGGUACCAAUUGGUUCUAAGGAAUCGCCAAAUGAACAUUUGGAAUGGAGAAUUUCUUUUUCUGUGGCAGAAAAGCAUCUGAUAUUCUCGUUUACACAUACUCAACUUUUAUGUUAUGCUCUUUUGAAAUUGAUGCUGAAGCAAGUUAUUGAAAGAGAAGAAAAAUUUAAAGGAUUACUAUGUUCGUUUUUCAUGAAAACCAUAGUUUUCUGGGUUUCUGAGGAAUUCGAUUCAUCCCUAUGGCGAUCUGAUAAUAUGCUGUUUUGUUUCAUGAAUUGUUUCAAACGACUUAUUUAUUGCAUUACCUACAAAUGUCUUCCUCAUUAUUUUAUAAUUGAAAACAACUUGUUUGAAUGUAGGUUUAACAGACAACAACAUCAGGACUUUUUAAUUUUUCUAAAUGACUUGUAUUCGAAAGGAAUAUAUUGUUUUUUAAAUUGUAAUGUGCUAUUGAAAUUCUUCAACAACGCUCCUAUUAUUUCAAGGACGUCCGAUAUUGAUAUUGUUUGCCGUAAACUUAAUGCCAUUUCUAUUCAAUAUGCACGACCGUACCUCCGGCUGUUGGGAAUGAUCAGUAUAGUAGACAUACCAUCUCAGCAAUUAAAAAAAGGACACUUAUUUAUCAAGAGAUUUUUCAAUAUUAAACACAAUGAUUUCUUGCCGUUUAUAGUUUUUGUGAUAUUCGGUCAGCUUGUAGGCAAAAGCAUGGAUAUUUACGCCAAUUAUCCUAACAAAUAUGGAAAUAAACUAUCGAAGCAAUACUUACCGUUCUUGUUCCUGGGACUACGCGGUGAUGCAGUUUCAGGUUGGAUGUACUUAGCAACAUACUACUAUUGUAUUGGACAGUAUACUACUUCUCUCAAGCUAAUAAUUUAUGCUUUAAAACAAUGCACUCAUGACAAAAUACUUGCCCCUGGUAGUAAACUUUCUAUCCAUCAAUUAUCUGUGAUUGAGAAGGAAGGAAUACGAAGAAAGAUAUGGAACAGCAGACAUUUCUACAAGCGUCAUGUUAUAAAUGAAAUAUAUUUUUAUUAUAAUUCUCGCGUUAUUCCUCGUGAGUUGGAUGUACAGGCUACCAUACUAGCUUACAUACCUCCAAUCGUCUAUAUUCAUUUUCUACGAUUCCUAUGCUUUUACAGAUUACAUGAAGAUUCCAUGUGUAUGCAUGCCAUUCGUGACUUACGGAUGUCUGUCAUUAGACCACAUGUUGGUCAUUCAGUUGGAGAUGCCUACCAUUGCUUAGCAGUAGCAUUGUUGAUUGUUGGACAAAAGAAGGAGGCUCAAUUUUAUUUUGAUCUAUCAACUGCAAAAAAAUUAACGUUAAAGGACAUUUACUUUUAAACUCGUAAAUAUUUAUAAAUAUUUCAAUCAUUAAAUUAAAC